AGCUGAUUCGGCCGGCCGGCGCGGCGGGGAGGGAGCGGGGCCGGCUUGAGGAGGGCGCCUCUCCCGUGACGUUGGGGAGGGCGGGGAGACAGCGCUCAGAGGGUGCGCGGAACGGAACGGGGUGUCGGGAAGUACUGACGAGCGGGAGCCGCUGCCGCUACCACCAUCUCCACCACCACCUCCUCACCUCCGCCAUGGGCCGGACACCUUCGCUCUCCUUUGCCGCCCUCUGCCUGGCGUGCCUGUGCGGGAUGGCGGCGGGGGCCGCGCAGGGCCUCGGGGCGAGCGACGGCCCCGCCAGCAACGGCAGCGCGGGCGUUGCCUCUAUAGUUGAUUCACCUUCCAGUACCACCCCCCCGGCGUCUCCUUCCAGUGCCGCCCCCCCGGUGUCUCCUUCUAAUGCCACCACCACGGCGUUGCCUCCCAAUGCCACCACCACGGCGUCGUCUCCCAAUGCCACCACCACGGCAUUGCCUGCCAAUGCUACCACUACGUCACCUGCCAACGUCACCACCACAACAUCGCCUUCCAAUGCUACCACUAUGUCACCUGCCAAUGCUACCACCACAGCGUCUCCCAAUGCUACCACAGCUCAUACUGCUAUAGCUAACAUCACCAGUGUAACUACACAUGCUCCUCUACCUUCAAAUGCCACUACUUCAGCUACCAGAACAACCAGUAUUCCAGGUACAAAUGCUACUGUGACUCCUGCACCUUUUCAACGCAAAUCUACAUUUGAUGCUGCAAGUUUCAUAGGUGGAAUUGUCCUUGUUUUGGGUCUGCAGGCUGUCGUUUUCUUCCUGUACAAAUUCUGCAAGUCGAAAGACCGAAAUUAUCACACGCUUUAGGACCUGCCACUUUCUAAUGGACUAGUAGCCCAACACCUGUAGUUCACUGAACCAAAAUAUUUUCUGUUGCUCAUGGAAGACAGCAGUUCAUAAUAUCCUUUAAAUCUCUAAAAGAAGACUUUAAAAGAAUAUUUUUGCAACCUUGUACUUGGCAAGAAGUGAUAUCAAUCUGCAACAGGAUGACUUGCAAUAUGCUGCAUGGGUUCUAAUGGCUGUCUUACUUUUUCCUUUAGCGCCUGCUGCUGUGGGACUUUUUUUUUUCACAUGCCAAAUGUAGAAGUUCAGAGAUUCUUAUUCAGUGGCAACACUGUCUUGAGUAGACAAUCUCAUGAUGACUUAUUUUGAAGGCUAAUUUAAUCAGCAUUUUAUACAGUAUCCCUUCAGUCUUAUCAAAAUGUGAAUUAUUGGUCAAUGACUUCAGGGAGUGAAAUACCAUUUAUACUAGCUUGUGGCUCUUACAGUAUGCUGCUAAAAAGGUGAACAAAAUUAUAGAAAUAGAUAAUGUCUUAACAAAAUAACAUAACCCGUUUGUUUUUUUUUUACAUGAGAAUAAAGGUUGCCUGGUGAAAUACUGCAUUCCAAACAGAAAUCCUAUGCCCUUUCUGAUUAUAUUGAGGGUGGAAAGGGGAUGCAGGGAUAAUAAUUCUAAAGGAGAAAUGAAGAUUAGUGCCUUAAAAGACUAAAAAUUGGUAGACUGCAAAAGCAUCCUGCCUAUCUCAAAGAUAAAUAAAACAUAAAUACUAGCUUUAUAUAACAUAGUGGAAUACAUGUGAUUUCAGCAUUCCAAUUUAAUUUUUUUUUUUACACUAAAUAACUGUUCUUUCUUUACCUUUUAUGAGAGUGAGGGAGCAUAGUACAGUAAAGUCUGGCUAUAAAUAGCUUUAAGUUGUUACCUUUCUGUUUGGGCCUACAAACACCACCCAUAAAACUAGUGAUAAAAUUCAGUUCACUCCCAGUAUAAGAAGGCUAGAACUUACAUUUUUACUUGAAAUACUGGUGUUUGGGAAGUCCUGAGGCUUUUCUUAUUCAAACGGUUCUUAAACUUCUUGCAGUUGAUUUCAGGAAUUUAUUUCUUUUGUGGGUUUUUGGUUUGUGGCUUUUUUUUUGCUUUUUUUUUUCUCUCUUUCCCCUUUUUACUGCAUGUCUGCUUGCUGAAGAAGCAAUUAAGGAUGGUUCAGAGGAUCUGCUGAUUUGAUCCUAGUCAGGAUUGCUGUAGUCCUGGGGGUGCCAGGGCUGCACCUGUUUGUUUCUUUUUGCCUCCUUCCUGGCAUUAAAUUUGUGUUACCCUGCAGCAAAAUGGUUAAGGAAAUCUGUUCAGCCAAGUAGUGGUGGUUAUUUUUCUUUUCCUUGGUGGGAUCAGCCAUGUGAUCUGAUUAUCAAAGGUAUGUCAUCUCCACUAUAGAUUGACUUGAGCACCUGUGACAAUAAACACACAGGCAAAAUGGAAAAAAAAAUGAAAAUCAAAUGGUGGCUGUAGCACAUCAUACAUAGCUUUUGAUUAUACCCUUUGAUCAUCAGUUACAGGAUAAAUUUUCAGUCUUACUAUCUUUGACUUGAGUGGAAUUUGGCACCCAAUACAAAAUUAUAGUAUUAAUUCAGAUAAUAUUCAUGGCAGUGGAACUUAAAUAUGAAGAAAAUUAAGUGCACUUCAGUGGGGAAUUUUUAAGUGCACAGCAUUGCUUUCUUGUGUUCUUCUAGUUUGAAUGGCAUUGUUUCUAUUGUGCUGCAUAGAAAACUCAAAUUGCUACAAAAUUCAGAAGUUGCAGGUACUGUAUCUUUGAGUUCAUUAGCUUUUGGUUUUCUAAACAAAAUUAAGACAAUCAGCUCAGGUUAAUUAAAACAGCAGAGUGAGCAGCCAUUUUCCAGCAACAGUGUGUGUGUGUGUAGGUUAGAUGGUAUAUCCUUGGCCUCAUUGUGAAAUCACUUAAUCUGUCCUUUCUCUAUCUCAGAAUGGUUUAAUUCCAUUUAUUUGUUUAAAAAUAUAUCCAGGGGCUUGUAUCUGUGCUUUGAAGUGAGCAAAACUCUCUUCUAAAUUGUGUCAGUUCUCCUUCAGGUCAGCAAAGCAAGCUAUGCCUAGGUUUUUUGGGGUUUUUUUGUAAUUUUUGCCUCAAAGGGCUAUGUUUUGGAAAACUUGCACAAAACUGCUACAGAACACUUCAUAGCAUGGGAGACCUUGCCACGAAAAGUUGAUCUGUAAAAUGUUGCUAAAAUGCUUAUUCAUGAGAUAACGCUGAUCCCGAUUUAGGUUGCUGAUUAAAGUAUGCUGGUAAAGCAAACAAAAAAUAAUUUUGAAAGUGCCUUAAAGUUGCUUAAUCUUUUGCCUCAAAUUUUGUUUAAAAGGGAUAACUUGCCUUAGUUACUAAAUUUUUCUUGGUGCCAGCAAUUGCUACUUUUGAAGACUUUAGGAAACCCAGGAUCUCUGAGAUGCACGGAUGCCAAUCUGAAAAACUCAAGCUUGUAUUCUGUAUCAAUUUAGUCAUGUUCUGGAAGGCCUGCACUACGCACUGCUUGCUCAUUAGUUAGCCUUGCCUACAAGGUGUAAUACACAGAGAGCUGUGGCUCGGAUUGUUUCCCUUUCAGUUGUUUUGGGGGGAGGGGAGGCCAUGGAUUAUACAUCUUCACCAUAUGGUUGGCUGCCUCACUAUAGAAAGUAGUUACUCCUUUGUAAAAUGGCAGUAUCAGCUGAUCUGUGCUGUGUACCAGGAAAAAACUUGAAGUAUCAACUUGCAUUAGUUUCUUGGCAUUGUGUUUUGAAGUGAAGGUAGCUCAUAGAUCUGUAGUUGUAUUUUCCCCUAAACCAAUUUUAGGCACUGAACUGUAGUGACUCUUCAAGUUAUCUGGCUUCUUUUUGAAGCCAACUGGUGCAAAUAUCAAGCUGUUAUCUUAGGAAUGUUUUCUGCAAGUGUUGCUGUAAAAGUUUUUAUUUUGUCUUCAGUGGAAGAAAACAGAAACCGUUGUAAUUGCAAAACCAAAUUGAUAAAUAAAAUCUGUUGAAUG